UUCUAGUUUCUGUCAUAGAAAUUAAAAACUUACUAGUUUGGAGCAGUAAGAUGGCUCUUUCUGGAAAGAUUGGCGGACUGUCAACGCAAUUGUUGAAAAACAAAACAUGUUUGUUGUAUGCUGCAACAAGAUACGCUUCCGACAAAGAGAGAUUACCAUGGAACUAUCUUUGGAGAGCGGGACCGCACUCAGAAAAGAAUUAUGAUAAAAUCGCUGAAAAAUAUCAUUUGCAUCCAGAUGAUUAUAAACCUUAUUCCAAAGAAGAAGGUUAUGGCGAUUAUCCAAAGUUACCUAUGGUAGGACCUAUCGCUAAAGAUCCAUAUUAUCCAUAUGACAUACCACUAUACAAAAAGAAUUAUCAUGAACCGUUACACAUAGACUUUGAACUUAUGGGCGAGGAUCGUUAUGAUUAUGGUCGCAAGCACAGAAUCAAUCCAGCUGUAGCAAUUUCAAUAUUUUUUGCGACCAUAAUCGGUCUUGGAAUAAUCCGUCACUUAUUAGAACCUUAUCCAACAUUCAUACCAAGAAUGGAAAAGCAAUAUCCACAGAAAGGUGUAGUACACUAUACGUUUGAGCCAGUGGACUCAAAAUAGAGCAAGUAACAUCAAUGUAGAUACACAACACUUAUUUAAAAGAAUACGAUAAUGUUAUGUAAUAUGAUAAUGUAUGAAUAUGUAUGAGUUGUAAUGUAUGAAUAUUAUUACAAUCAACA